AUCUUGCAAGAUGCUGGCUCUGACGCUUCGGCGUACACACUGAAGGAUUCAAUCCUGAUAUGAAAUUUAUAUUCACUAGCGAUCCAUACGCACCUUAUCAACGAACUACAAUAACCCCUUAUAUCAUCUUCAUGUAGAAGCUGUUCCAUCCUGUGCGAUAGCCGUCACAUCAACGGGAAGAGAUUAUUGCACAGGAAUCUGCCUGAAGUCACUGUGUAUAACUGAGCUAGCUGUGCAUGCAGCGCGCGAUUGCGACCAAGUUACCGGAUGAUCGUGACACUCACUGGCAGUGUACUGCAGUGGAACAGUGAGUAAUGUCAUCAUGGUGUUAAUGCGCUGUCUGUAUGCCUGACCGUACCGUGAAAGGUUGAUCCCGCUCGGUAUAUACAGCAACAAUGGCUGUCCGAGGCAACUCCAAACGGCACCGCUCCAAGCUGGUGCUGGGCCUUCUUUUCUUGGUCGUCUCAGUCAUGGCAGUGGUGGGAACCCUGAGCAUGCAACACACAAUGACAACCUGGACUCAAAAUGAUAUGUCCAAAGUUGAGAUUGACCGUGUCCCUGUCCCAGCUCCUGGUCCUCGGUUGCUCCGGUUAGAGGACGACUGGUGGGAUAAAAUGGACGAGGAGGCUUUGUUUAAGAAGGCCCUAAGGCACAGUGUCAACAGAUCUCAAUCUGAAUCGAGUCAGGCUCAGGAAGAGAGUGGUGAAGAUAUGAGCUCUUCAGUUUCAAAACCAUGGGAGCGAACGAUUGGAAUUCCUAAGCCGGCACCUAACAGACAAAUGACCAGUACUAGCCAGAACCAAGUACGUGUACUUCACAAAUCCAACACACUUGCCCACGAAGCCUGUGACAGGGCCUGUCGUUGGUGGCGUGAGCAAGACCGUCGCCACCGCCGCGUUCAAGAGACUUGCGCUAAUGCCGUACACAAGCACAUAUCACCGGCCUUGCACUACCAGCUGACGCCCGAGACCCUGCGAACGAUGUCUCACCUGCUCGUGUUGGACUCGCACAAGAUCAUCUACUGUUACGUCCCCAAGGUCAGCUGCACCAAUUGGAAGCGGAUUCUCCUCGUUGCCAAGGGAAUCUUUCCCUCCGUCAAGAAGAUCGAGCAGAGACAGACUCACUUGGCAACCGAUUCGCACAUGCGCACUCUGAGCUCGUACCCACUUGCCACUGCAACCCGUCUCCUCAAGGAGUACAAGAAAUUCCUGUUUGUCCGCCAUCCCUUUGAACGCAUAUUGUCCGCUUACAUUGACAAAUUCCAAAUGGACUAUCCAGCCAGCAAGCAUUUCAGGGAAACCAGUGCUGUCGAGAUGGUCCGUUACGGUGACGUCAGCAACACACAGAGACUCAAGGAUGGCACCUUGAACAUAUCUUUCCAACAAUUCUCCCGUUACAUCAGUGAUCCAAAAAACCAAAACCUUGAACCGCACUGGCAAGAAAUGUACCGCCAGUGUCAACCCUGCAUGAUAAAGUACGACUACAUCGGCAACUACAGCACUUUAAAGGAAGAUGCUGAUUUUAUCAUCAAAGCCACAAACUUAAAUCAGCCCUUCCCCGAUUCAACUAACCCGACUGGGAGUUCCAAACAGAGCAAGAUACGGAGAUUCUUUUCACAGCUGACAGCGGCUGACAUUGGCGACCUCUACCGACGCUAUUCCACCGAUUUUCAACUGUUUGGGUACAGUGUACCACCCUACAUUUCAAACAGAACUUUUACUUAGUCAAGACACCGCUUCGGCAAAAUAAAAGCAGAUUUCAUAUUUAUGGAUUGAUGCUCAGGGUUCUUUAAUUUAUAGGCAAACAGCAAAAGUUGGUUCGUGCUUCAGGCGAAAGCGAAGCGAAUUUGAAGUCCCGAAACAUGUCCAUCAAAAUUCCCUGUCGCUGAAAAUGUGUUCAACUUUUGUGAAUUCGCAGCGCGAGUAUAUGAUCUGACUUCACAUUUUCGUGUUUGUGUUCGCUUUCGCGCUAAGUAUGAGCCGGCCUUAAAGGAUCCAGGAAAUAAAUUUCCUUUGAAUCACUUUU